UAUACAAGAAAGACAAAUGGGUUGGCUAUUGUAAUGUAUAUUGGUCUUGGAGAUUGGGUGUGCAGCAUGUUUGCUCUCUGAUUCCACAAAAUCACCUUAACUAUAGUGAGAUGAGACCUGGGCAGGUGAAGUAUUAACCCCUGAACCAUCGGCUCUGCUAGCAGAUUAGUUAGUUGUCUUUCGUUGAGAACAAAUCUGUGGGGAAGAGCCGUGGAAAUAAUUUGCUGGUGUAAAAAGGGAUGGAACACUUGUGCCAUGGUAGUCCAUUAAUGCUAAUGGAGAAGGCUAUUGGUGAUAAAGUCUUGUGUCAAGGAUGUGGGAAGACCGUAUCAGGUCAAAGCUAUGGUUGCUGUGAGCAUGAGUUUUAUCUGCAUAAAUCCUGUGUGGAGCUUCCCUUGGAGAUUGACAGCUUCUUCCACAAAUGUCAUCUUACUCUGCAUAAGGAUUAUGCUAAGGAUAGUGAAAGAAGAAGUAUAUGUUUUGGUUGUAAGAAAUAUAUACCAGGUUUCAGAUACCGUUGUGAACCUUGUGAUUUUAAUCUGGAUACUGAAUGUGCCUCACUGCAAAACAAGGCAUCUUGUUGUGACGAGCAGAAUGAAAAUUCGGGUAAUCACCAUCCUUUGCCAAUUCUGGAGAAGGAAGAAAAGGACAAACUGAGUUGCAAAGUGUGUGAAAAGUUCUGCUCGGGUCCUACAUUUUCCUGUGAUCGUUGUGGGUACUAUGUGCAUAAAGCUUGUAUGGAACAUGUGAUGAAAGAGGUGAUGAACUUCCGCCAUCCAUGUCCUAUGCUCCUGAAAAAGCUUCCCCCUUACCGAUGUGGCAUUUGUGACCAAAUUCGUUCAGGUGUGGUUUUUCGAUGCGAGAAGUGUGAUUUAAAUAUGGAUGUUGAAUGUGUUCUUCGUCACAAGAUGAUUGAUCAUUUUAGCCAUGGACAUCCAUUGACACUUUCUCACAUGAAAGAUUAUGAUGGUGCUUGCUGCAGAGCUUGUGGAAAGAAAUGCUCGGGUGCCACUUACUCUUGCAAUAGAUGCAGCUUUUGUUUACACAAAUCUUGCUGCGAAUUACAACGAGAGAUUCAGCAUGAACUUCACAAACACCCUCUUACUCUCGUCGAUAAAUCAUUUCAAUGCAAUGCAUGCUUUGUGCACUCGAGUGGCUUCACCUACAACUGCUCGUCAUGCAACUUUGAUCUCCACGUUGAUUGUACUUCCUUGGCACCUUCUAUUAAAUAUGAAGGUCAUGAUGAGCAUCUUCUUACUUUUGUAAAUCAUGUUUAUGGGAAGCCUCCUUGCCAUGUGUGUGAUUCUAAAUAUUCUGGUGAUUCUAAAUAUUCUGGUGAUUCUAAAUAUUCUGGUGAUUCUAAAUAUUCUAAUGAUUCUAAAUAUUGUGGGGACUCCUAUUUACGCUGUGUGGAGUGUGAUUUCAAUGUCCACCUCAUGUGUGUUCCACUCCCUUGUGUAAUUGAACAUCCUUGCCACGCUGAUCCUCUUGUUCUUAAAGAUUGUCAUAUUGAUGAUGCUUCUGAAGAUCAAGUGUAUAUUUGCGACGUUCUUGAUUGUGAGAUGGAAAGAGAUCCUCGAGAAUGUGUUUAUUAUUGUGAAGAAUGUGACUUUGUAGCUCAGCUUGGCUGUGUUUUGGGAGAGGUCUUGCCUCUAUUACAAGGAAAGCAUGUAGACGUGGAACGGCAAAAAGUGGACAGAGAUGUUGCAAUUAAAUUACUGGAAAGAAACUUCAUUUCGUUCAUUGAUAUAUUAAACUCUUUUGAUGAAGAUGAUGAGAGGGAAAUGGAUCUUGUGAGAUCAUCUUUUCUCAAGGAGUGUGGCAUCCUUGAUCAGAUUGAUGAUGGAAUCACGAAGCUUUCUAGACAGAUUGAGGAACUCACAGAGCAGUUAAAGGAACUCAAAGCAAAGCGAAUUCAACAUAUAUCAUCCACUAGGUUUGCACAAUCAAGUCUAACAGAGGGGUUCUUGUCCCAAGCUUUGGAGUUGAGAUUGAAUAUGGCAAUGGCCAGUCUGUUGUAA